GGUGGGAACCACGUCGGCCUGGGCCCCAGGAAGGAGGCAAGACCCAGCAGCCCCUAACUCACCAUCUGUGCCCCUUGCCUGGGCGCUGCCCCAACCCCUGGACGCUGCCCCCAGCCCAGGUACACACAGACCCCCAGCCCUGCUGCUAUCAUGGACCACUCCUUCAGUGGAGCGCCCCGCUUCCUGACGCGGCCAAAGGCUUUUGUGGUAUCUGUGGGCAAGGAUGCCACGCUGAGCUGCCAGAUCGUGGGUAACCCCACGCCACAUGUGAGCUGGGAGAAGGACCGGCAGCCAGUGGAGGCAGGAGCACGCUUCCGCCUGGCCCAGGACGGGGAUGUAUACCGCCUCACCAUCUUGGAUCUGGCGCUCGGUGACAGUGGGCAGUAUGUAUGUCGAGCGAGGAACGCUAUAGGGGAGGCCUUCGCCGCCGUAGGCCUGCGCGUAGACACGGAGGGCACGUGCGCUGAGCAGGCGCCCCACUUUCUGCUGCGGCCCACCUCCAUUCGCGUGCGCGAGGGCGCAGAUGCUACCUUCCGAUGUCGCGUGGGCGGCUCACCACAACCUGCCGUGAGCUGGUCCAAAGAUGGGCGGCGCCUGGGCGCACCCGAUGCCCCCCAUGUGCGCGUGGAAGAUCACGGAGAGGCCAGCGCGCUUCGCAUCCGGUCGGCGCGACCUCGCGACGGUGGCACCUAUGAAGUCCGAGCAGAGAACCCGCUGGGUUCCGCCAGCGCUGCCGCCGCGCUCGUGGUGGACUCGGACGCCGAGGCUGCCGGACCACCCGGAGCCUCCACUGCCUCGCUCCUGGCGCAUCUGCAGCAGCGGCGCGAGGCCAUGCGCGCAGAGGGCGUCCCUCCCUCCCCACCCGGCGCCGGCACACGCACCUGCACGGUGACCGAAGGCAAACACGCGCGCCUCAGUUGCUUUGUGACCGGCGAGCCCAAGCCCGAGACAGUGUGGAAGAAGGACGGGCAGCUGGUGACGGAGGGCCGGCGACACGUGGUGUAUGAGGAUGAGCAAGAGAACUUCGUCCUUAAGAUUCUUUUCUGCAAGCAGUCGGACCGCGGCCUCUACACCUGCACAGCCUCCAACCUCGUGGGCCAGACCUACAGCUCCGUGCUGGUGGUCGUGCGAGAGCCGGCGGUGCCCUUCAAGAAGCGACUGCAGGACCUGGAGGUGAGAGAGAAAGAGUCUGCCACAUUCCAGUGUGAGGUGGCCUUGCCGGCCACCGAGGCGGCCUGGUUCAAGGAGGAGACGCGGCUGUGGGCCAGCGCCAAGUACCGCAUCGAGGAGGAGGGCACCGAGCGCCGGCUCACCGUGCGCGACGUCUCCGCGGACGACGACGCGGUGUACAUCUGCGAGACCACAGAGGGCAGCCGCACGGUGGCAGAGCUCUCGGUCCAAGGGAACUUGACCAGAAAGCUGCCUCGAAAGACUGUAGUGCGCACUGGAGACACAGCCAUCUUCUGGGUGGAGCUAGAUGUCCCCGAGGGUCCUGUCCGGUGGCUAAGGAACCAGGAGGAGAUGGUGGCAGGGGGCCGGGUAGCCAUCACCGCAGAAGGCACGUGCCACACACUGACCAUCUUCCAGUGCACCUUGGAGGAUAUGGGUGAGGUGGCCUUUGUGGCCGGUGGCUGCCGAACGACCACCCAGUUCUGCGUAUCAGCGCCCAGGAGGCCUCCCCUGUACCCCCCUGCUGAUCCUGUGGUAAAGGCCAAGACAGAGAGUUCUGUGACCCUCAGCUGGUCCCCACCACCCCGUGGGGAGCGCCCUGUCACCAUCGAUGGUUAUGUGGUGGAGAAAAGGAAGCUUGGUGCUUUUGCAUGGAGCCGGUGUCAUGAAGCAGAAUGGCUGGUCACAACUGAGUUUACCGUCGCUGGUGUGGCAGAGGAGGGGGACUUCCAGUUCCGUGUGUCAGCCGUCAAUCACUUUGGUCAGAGUCCUUACCUUGAGUUUCCAGGGACGAUCCACUUGGUCCCCAGGCUGGCAGUAAAGACACCUCUGAAGGCGGUGGAGGCAGUGGAGGGAGGUGAGGUCACCUUCUCUGUGGACCUCACGGUGGCCUCCGAGGGGGAGUGGUUCCUGGAUGGGGAGCCCUUGAAAGCCAGCAGUGUCUACGUGAUCCGCUGUGACCGUACCCGGCAUACGCUCACCAUCAGAGAGGUGCCCGCCAGAUUGCAUGGGGCACAGCUGAAGUUUGUGGCUGAUGGCAUUGAAACCAGCAUCCAGAUGGUGGUCCGAGCAGCUCUGGGGCUAGCCAGCAAGCUUUCUGCUGUGGCUGCCCGGGAGGUGCUGGCCCGGUUGCACGAGGAGGCACAGCUGCUGGCUGAGCUCUCGGAUCAGGCUGCGGCUGUGACAUGGCUGAAGGAUGGCCGUGAGCUGUCCCUAGGACCCAAGUACGAGAUGCAGGCGUCAGCUGGGAGGCGAGCCCUGCUGGUGCGGGAUGUGGUGCAGGAUGAUGCGGGCCUCUAUGAGUGUGUUAGUCGUGGGAGCCGCAUUGCCUACCAGCUGUUGGUGCAAGAGCCCAAGGUGGCGUUUGCCAAGGAGCAGCAGACACGCAGCGAGGUGAAGGCAGAGGCAGGGGCCAGUGCCACCCUGAGCUGCACGGUGGCCCAGGCCCAGACUGAGGUGACCUGGUUCAAGGACGGGAAGAAGCUGAGCUCCGGCUCGAAGGUUCGAGUGGAGGCCUCGGGCUGCGAGAGGAGGCUGGUGGUGCAGCAGGCGGGCAAGGCGGAUGCUGGGGAGUACAGCUGCGAGGCCGGGGGACAGAAGGUCUCCUUCCGUCUGGACGUCACAGAGCCCAAGGUGGUGUUUGCCAAGGGGCAGCAGGCUCACAGCGAGGUGAAGGCAGAGGCAGGGGCCAGUGCCACUCUGAGCUGCACGGUGGCCCAGGCCCAGACUGAGGUGACCUGGUUCAAGGACGGGAAGAAGCUGAGCUCUGGCUCCAAGGUUCGAGUGGAGGCCUCAGGCUGCGAGAGGAGGCUGGUGGUGCAGCAGGUGGGCCAGGCAGAUGCUGGGGAGUACAGCUGUGAGGCUGGGGGACAGAAGGUCUCCUUCCGUCUGGACGUCACAGAGCCCAAGGUGGUGUUUGCCAAGGAGCAGCAGACACGCAGCGAGGUGAAGGCAGAGGCAGGGGCCAGUACCACACUGAGCUGCAUGGUGGCCCAGGCCCAGACUGAGGUGACCUGGUUCAAGGACGGGAAGAAGCUGAGCUCCAGCUCCAAGGUUCGAGUGGAGGCCUCGGGCUGCGAGAGGAGGCUGGUGGUGCAGCAGGCGGGCAAGGCGGAUGCUGGGGAGUACAGCUGCGAGGCCGGGGGACAGAAGGUCUCCUUCCGUCUGGACGUCACAGAGCCCAAGGCAGUAUUUGCCAAGGAGCAGCAGGCUCACAGCGAGGUGAAGGCAGAGGCAGGGGCCAGUGCCACACUGAGCUGCACGAUGGCCCAGGCCCAGACUGAGGUGACCUGGUUCAAGGACGGGAAGAAGCUGAGCUCUGGCUCCAAGGUUCGAGUGGAGGCCUCGGGCUGCGAGAGGAGGCUGGUGGUGCAGCAGGCGGGCAAGGCGGAUGCUGGGGAGUACAGCUGCGAGGCGGGGGGACAGAAGGUCUCCUUCCGUCUGGACGUCACAGAGCCCAAGGUGGUGUUUGCCAAGGAGCAGCAGACACGCAGCGAGGUGAAGACAGAGGCAGGGGCCAGUACCACUCUGAGCUGCACGGUGGCCCAGGCCCAGACUGAGGUGACCUGGUUCAAGGACGGGAAGAAACUGAGCUCUGGCUCGAAGGUUCGAGUGGAGGCCUCGGGCUGCGAGAGGAGGCUGGUAGUGCAACAGGCGGGCAAGGCGGAUGCUGGGGAGUACAGCUGUGAGGCCGGGGGACAGAAGGUCUCCUUCCGUCUGGACGUCACAGAACCCAAGGUGGUGUUUGCCAAGGAGCAGCAGACACGCAGCGAGGUGAAGGCAGAGGCAGGGGCCAGUACCACGCUGAGCUGCACGGUGGCCCAGGCCCAGACUGAGGUGACCUGGUUCAAGGACGGGAAGAAGCUGAGCUCCGGCUCGAAGGUUCGAGUGGAGGCCUCGGGCUACGAGAGGAGGCUGGUGGUGGAGCAGGCGGGCAAGGCGGAUGCUGGGGAGUACAGCUGCGAGGCCGGGGGACAGAAGGUCUCCUUCCGUCUGGACGUCACAGAGCCCAAGGUGGUGUUUGCCAAGGAGCAGCAGACACGCAGCGAGGUGAAGACAGAGGCAGGGGCCAGUACCACACUGAGCUGCACAGUGGCCCAGGCCCAGACUGAGGUGACCUGGUUCAAGGACGGGAAGAAGCUGAGCUCCGGCUCGAAGGUUCGAGUGGAGGCCUCGGGCUGCGAGAGGAGGCUGGUGGUGCAGCAGGCGGGCAAGGCAGAUGCUGGGGAGUACAGCUGCGAGGCCGGGGGACAGAAGGUCUCCUUCCGUCUGGACGUCACAGAGCCCAAGGUGGUGUUUACCAAGGAGCAGCAGGCUCACAGCGAGGUGAAGGCAGAGGCAGGGGCCAGUGCCACGCUGAGCUGCACAGUGGCCCAGGCCCAGACUGAGGUGACCUGGUUCAAGGACGGGAAGAAGCUGAGCUCCGGCUCGAAGGUUCGAGUGGAGGCCUCAGGCUGCGAGAGGAGGCUGGUGGUGCAGCAGGCGGGCCAGGCAGAUGCUGGGGAGUACAGCUGUGAGGCUGGGGGACAGAAGGUCUCCUUCCGUCUGGACGUCACAGAGCCCAAGGUGGUGUUUGCCAAGGAGCAGCAGAUACGCAGUGAGGUGAAGGCAGAGGCAGGGGCCAGUGCCACACUGAGCUGCACGGUGGCCCAGGCCCAGACUGAGGUGACCUGGUUCAAGGACGGAAAGAAACUGAGCUCUGGCUCGAAGGUUCGAGUGGAGGCCUCGGGCUGCGAGAGGAGGCUGGUGGUGCAGCAGGCGGGCAAGGCGGAUGCUGGGGAGUACAGCUGCGAGGCCGGGGGACAGAAGGUCUCCUUCCGUCUGGAUGUGCCAGAGCCCAAGGUGGUGUUUGCCAAGGAACAGCAGGCACGCAGCGAGGUGAAGGCAGAGGCAGGGGCCAGUGCCACACUGAGCUGCACGGUGGCCCAGGCCCAGACUGAGGUGACCUGGUUCAAGGACGGGAAGAAGCUGAGCUCCAGCUCGAAGGUUCGAGUGGAGGCCUCAGGCUGCGAGAGGAGGCUGGUGGUGCAGCAGGCAGGCCAGGCGGAUGCUGGGGAGUACAGCUGCGAGGUGGGGGGACAGAAGGUCUCCUUCCAUCUGGACAUCACAGAGCCCAAGGUGGUAUUUGCCAAGAAGCAGCAGGCACACAAUGAGGUGAAGGCAGAGGCAGGGGCCAGUGCCACACUGAGCUGCACGGUGGCCCAGGCCCAGACUGAGGUGACCUGGUUCAAGGACGGGAAGAAGCUGAGCUCUGGCUCGAAGGUUCGAGUGGAGGCCUCGGGCUGCGAGAGGAGGCUGGUGGUGCAGCAGGCAGGCAAGGCGGAUGCUGGGGAGUACAGCUGCGAGGCCGGGGGACAGAAGGUCUCCUUCCGUCUGGACGUCACAGAACCCAAGGUGGUGUUCGCCAAGGAACAGCAGGCUCGCAGCGAGGUGAAGGCAGAGGCAGGCGCCAGUGCCACUCUGAGCUGCACAGUGGCCCAGGCCCAGACUGAGGUGACCUGGUUCAAGGACGGGAAGAAGCUGAGCUCUGGCUCAAAGGUUCGAGUGGAGGCCUCGGGCUGCGAGAGGAGGCUGGUGGUGCAGCAGGCGGGCAAGGCAGAUGCUGGGGAGUACAGCUGCGAGGCCGGGGGACAGAAGGUCUCCUUCCGUCUGGAUGUCACAGAGCCCAAGGUGGUGUUUGCCAAGGAGCAGCAGGCUCGCAGCGAGGUGAAGGCAGAGGCAGGGGCCAGUACCACACUGAGCUGCACGGUGGCCCAGGCCCAGACUGAGGUGACCUGGUUCAAGGACGGGAAGAAGCUGAGCUCUGGCUCGAAGGUUCGAGUGGAGGCCUCGGGCUGCGAGAGGAGGCUGGUGGUGCAGCAGGCGGGCAAGGCGGAUGCUGGGGAGUACAGCUGCGAGGCUGGGGGACAGAAGAUCUCCUUCCGUCUGGACGUCACAGAACCCAAGGUGGUGUUUGCCAAGGAGCAGCAGACACGCAGCGAGGUGAAGGCAGAGGCAGGGGCCAGUACCACACUGAGCUGCACGGUGGCCCAGGCCCAGACUGAGGUGACCUGGUUCAAGGACGGGAAGAAGCUGAGCUCUGGCUCGAAGGUUCGAGUGGAGGCCUCGGGCUGCGAGAGGAGGCUGGUGGUGCAGCAGGCGGGCCAGGCGGAUGCUGGGGAGUACAGCUGCGAGGCCGGGGGACAGAAGGUCUCCUUCCGUCUGGACGUCACAGAGCCCAAGGUGGUGUUUGCCAAGGAGCAGCAGACACGCAGCGAGGUGAAGGCAGAGGCAGGGGCCAGUGCCACGCUGAGCUGCACGAUGGACCAGGCCCAGACUGAGGUGACCUGGUUCAAGGACGGGAAGAAGCUGAGCUCCAGUUCGAAGGUUCGAGUGGAGGCCUCGGGCUGCGAGAGGAGGCUGGUGGUGCAGCAGGUGGGCCAGGCAGAUGCUGGGGAGUACAGCUGCGAGGCCGGGGGACAGAAGGUCUCCUUCCGUCUGGAUGUCACAGACACCAAGGUGGUGUUUGCCAAGGAGCAGCAGACACCCAGCGAGGUGAAGGCAGAGGCAGGGGCCAGUGCCACGCUGAGCUGCACGGUGGCCCAGGCCCAGACUGAGGUGACCUGGUUCAAGGACGGGAAGAAGCUGAGCUCCAGCUCGAAGGUUCGAGUGGAGGCCUCGGGCUGCGAGAGGAGGCUGGUGGUGCAGCAGGCGGGCCAGGCGGAUGCUGGGGAGUACAGCUGCGAGGCCGGGGGACAGAAGGUCUCCUUCCGUCUGGACGUCACAGAACCAGAGCCCGAGUCCCAAACUCCAGAGAGACCCAGCCGCAGGGAGCCUCUGGUGGUCAAGGAACACGAGAACAUCGUCCUGACUGCCACUCUGGCCGCACCCUCUGUGGCUGCUGUGACCUGGCUCAAAGACGGUGUGGAAAUUCGCCGCAGUAAGAGACAUGAGGUCACCAGUCAGGGUGACACCCACACUCUGACCGUGAGAGGUGCACAGGUGCUGGACAGUGCCGUCUACAGCUGCCGUGUCGGCAAGGAAGGCCAAGACUUUCCGGUGCAGGUGGAAGAGGUGGCCACCAAGUUCUCCAAACCCCUGGAGCCCGUUGAAGGGGAAUUGGGUGGCACUGUGAAGCUGGUCUGUGAGCUGACCCCAGAGCAGGCCGAGGUCGUGUGGCGCUGUGGGAACACACAGCUGCGGCAGGGCAAGCGUUUCCAGAUGACAUCGGAGGGGCCUAGGCACACCCUUACCGUGUCUGGCCUCCGAGAGGAUGAUGCAGGGGAGUAUGUGUGUGAGAGCCGUGAUGACCGAACCAGCGCCCGGCUCACUGUCAAAGUUCCCCGAGUGGUCAAGUUUACAUCUGGAUUGAGCACCGUGGUUGCGGAGGAGGGCCAAGAGGCCACCUUUCAGUGUGUCGUGUCCCCCAGCGAUGUGGCAGUUGUGUGGCACAAGGAUGGCACCCGGCUGCUGCCCAGCGAGAAGUUUGUAAUGGCACAGAGUGGAGCCACCUGUAGCUUGACCAUCUUGGGCCUGACCCUGGAGGAUGCUGGCCAUGUCACAGUGGAGGCUGAGGGUGCCUCAUCUUCUGCCACUCUCCGGGUCCGAGAGGCACCGGUCCUCUUCAAAAAGAAACUUGAGCUGCAGACGGUGGAGGAGAAGACCUCCGUGACCCUGGAGGUGGAGCUGACGCGCCCCUGGCCUGAGGUGAAGUGGACACGGAACGCUGCCAUCCUGGCACCCAAUGAGAACGUGGAAAUCCAUGCGGAGGGAACUCGGCACCGCCUGGUGCUGCACAGUGUGAGCUUCGCUGACCGUGGCUUCUUUGGCUGUGAGACACCAGAUGACAAGACCCAGGCCAAGGUCAAUGUAGAAAUGCGGCAGGUCCGGCUGGUUCGAGGUUUGCAGCCCGUGGAGGCCAAGGAACAGGGCACGGCCUCCAUGGAUGUGGAGUUGUCUCAUGCUGAUGUGGAGGGCAGCUGGACCCGAGACGGCCUGAGGCUUCAGCCUGGGCCCACAUGCCACCUGGCCGUGCAAGGCCCUGUCCACAUCCUCACCCUCUCAGCACUGAGGCCACAGGACAGCGGGUUGGUGGCCUUCAGGGCUGAGGGCGUGCACACGUCUGCACAGCUGAUAGUCACGGAGCUGCCGGUGAGCUUCACCCGGCUACUGCAGGAUGUGGUGGCCACCCAAAAAGAGAAGGUGACCCUGGAGUGUGAGUUGUCACGGCCAGUGGAUGUGCGCUGGCUGAAGGAUGGUGUGGAGCUGCGGGCAGGCAAGACUGUGGGCAUAGUGGCCCAGGGAGCCUGCAGGAGUCUCGUUAUUUACCGGUGUGAGAUCGGGGACCAGGGUGUCUAUGUGUGUGAUGCUCUUGAUGCUCAGACCUCGGCCUCUCUGAAGGUUCAGGGCCGCAGUGUUCAGAUUACAAAGCCGCUGGAGGAUGUGGAGGUGAUGGAGAAAGAGGGUGCCACCUUCUCCUGUGAAGUGUCCCAUGAUGAGGUUCCUGGCCUAUGGUUCCGAGAAUCCAGCAAGCUACGGCCCAGUGACAACGUGCGCAUCCGGCAGGAAGGGAGGACGUACACUCUUAUCUUCCGGAGGGUACUGGCCGAAGAUGCAGGGGAGAUCAAAUUUGUAGCUGAAAAUGCAGAAUCAAGAGCCCACCUCCGAGUCAAAGAGCUGCCUGUGACCCUCCUGCGCCCACUGAGGGACAAGAUCGCCAUGGAAAAACACCGGGGUGUGCUUGAGUGCCAGGUGUCCCGGGCCAGUGCCCAGGUGCGAUGGUUUAAGGGCAGAGUCGAGCUGCAGUCUGGGCCUAAGUAUGAGUUGGUCAGCGACGGCCUUUACCGUAAGCUGGUCAUCAAUGACGUGCAGCCCGAGGACGAAGAUACCUACACCUGUGAUGCCGGUGAUGUCAAGACCAGUGCCCAGUUCUUUGUGGAAGAGCAAUCCAUCACCAUUGUGCGAGGCCUGCAGGACGUGACGGUUAUGGAGCCUGCCCCAGCCUGGUUUGAAUGUGAGACCUCCAUCCCAUCCGUGAGGCCACCCAAGUGGCUCCUUGGUAAGACUGUCCUCCAGGCCGGGGGCAAUGUGGGCCUGGAGCAAGACGGCACGGUGCACCGGCUGACACUGCACAAGACCUGCUCCACCAUGACCGGGCCUGUGCACUUCACCAUCGGCAAGUCCCGCUCCACGGCCCAGCUUGUUGUCUCAGACGUUCCUGUGGUAGUGGCACGGCCACUGGAACCCAAAGCAGGGCGUGAGCUGCAGUCGGUAGUCCUGUCUUGUGACUUCAGACCGGCCCCCAAGGCUGUGCAGUGGUACAAGGGGGACACGCCUCUGGCCCCAUCAGAAAAGUUCAAGAUGGUGCUGGAGGGCCAGAUGGCAGAGCUGCGCAUACUCCGGCUCACUCCAGCUGAUGCUGGGGUCUAUCGGUGCCAGGCGGGUAAUGCCCAGAGCAGUGCCGAAGUUACUGUGGAAGCUCGGGAGGUGAAGGUGACUCAACCUCUGAAGGAUGUUGAAGCCACGGAGGAAGGCCGGGCCUGCUUCUCCUGUGAGCUGUCCCAUAAGGACGAGGACAUCGAAUGGUCACUCAAUGGGACACCCCUGUACAACGACAGCUUCCACGAGAUCAGCCAUGAGGGCUGUGUCCACACGCUGGUGCUGAAGAGCGUCCGUCAGGCUGACACAGGCACUGUGCGUGCCACCUCCCCCAAGGUGUCAGUUUCUGCCCAGCUAGUGGUCAGAGCAAAGCCGGUGGUGUUCCUGAAAGCACUGGAUGACGUAUCUGUAGAAGAGCGUGGCACGCUGGCCCUGCACUGCGAGGUCUCAGACCCUGAGGCACGUGUGGUUUGGCGCAAAGAUGGCGUGGAGCUGGGUCCCAGUGACAAGUAUGACUUCCUACACAAGGCAGGCACUCGGGGCCUUACGGUGCAUGACCUGAGCCAUGAGGAUGCUGGGCUGUACACCUGCCACGUGGGCAGUGCGGAGACCCGGUCCAGGGUCAGUGUGCAUGAGCUGCACGUGGGCAUCACCAAGAGGCUAAAGACAGUGGAGGUGCUGGAGGGAGAGAGCUGCAGCUUUGAGUGUGUCCUGUCCCACGAGAGUGAGAGUGACCCAGGAGUGUGGACCGUCGGCGGGAAGACAGUGGGUUCUGGCCGCUUUCGGACCACUCGCCAGGGCCGCAAAUACACCCUGACGGUCAAAGAUGCUGUGCUCAGUGAUGCGGGGGAGGUGGUCUUCUCGGUGAUGGGCCUCACAUCCAAGGCCUCGCUCAUCGUCAGAGAGAGGCCAGUGGAGAUUACGAAGCCCUUGGAGGACCAGCGGGCUACGCUUGGAGAACACGCGACGCUGAGCUGUGAACUGUCCAGGGCGGGCACCUCUGUGCGCUGGCUGAAGGACGGGAAGGCCAUCCGAAAGAGCCAGAAGUACGACCUGCUCAGUGAAGGCACGCGGGCUGUGCUGGUUGUCCGUGAGGCCUCACUCAAGGAUUCUGGAGAGUACACCUGUGAGACAGAGGCUUCCAAAAGUACCGCCAGGCUCCUUGUGGAAGAAAAGGCAAAUCGUUUCACGGAGGAGCUGGCUGACCUGCAGGUGGAAGAGAAGGGCACAGCUGUGUUCGCGUGCAAGACGGAGCACCCGGCAUCCGUCGUGAUAUGGCGCAAGGGCCUCCUGGAACUGCGUGCCUCAGGGAAGCAUGUCCCCAGCCAGGACGGCUUGACCCUGAAGCUCACCAUCAAUGCCCUGGAGAGGACAGACAGUGAUACCUACACCUGUGACAUUGGUCAAGCCCGGACCCAGGCCCGGCUCCUCGUCCAUGGUCAGAAAGUGCGCAUUACUGAGGACCUGGAGGAUGCUGCCGUCCAGGAGGGCUCCUCUGCCAAGUUCUGCUGCCGUAUCUCCCCUGCCGACUACAGCCCCGUGCACUGGUUCCUGGAUAAGACCCCCUUGCAUAGCAACGAACUGAACGAGAUCACUGUCCAGCCAGGAGGCUACCACGUACUCACCCUACGGCAGCUGGCACUCAAGGACUCAGGCACUGUCUACUUCGAGGCGGGUGACCAGCGAACCUCAGCUGCUCUGCGGGUGACUGAGAAGCCAAGCAUCUUCUCUCAGCCACUCACAGAUGCCACAGUCACAGAAGGCGAGGACCUGACUCUUGUUUGUGAAACCACCACUCUGGAAAGCUCUGUGCACUGGACCAAAGAUGGGAGGACACUGAGGCCAUCUGCACGAUGCCAACUGAGCUAUGAAGGCUGUCGGGCCCAGCUGGUCAUCACUGGCACCACCAUACAAGAUGGUGGGCGAUACAAGUGUGAGGUUGCUGGAGCUACCAGCAGCUCCAUUGUCAGGAUUCAUGCUCAACCAGUGCACUUCAGGGAGUCCCUGAAGGAUGUGGAGGUAGCGGAGGGCAGGGCCGCCACCCUGCGCUGUGUGCUGUCAUCCGUGGCUGCGCCUGUGGAGUGGCGUCAUGGAGAAGACAUCCUGAAGUCCAGCAGCAAGUACAGCCUGCGCCAAGACGGUGCUAUGCUGGAGCUGGUCAUCCGAGACCUGCAGCCCCAGGACAGUGGGCAGUAUUCCUGCUCCUUUGGGGACCAGACAACUUCAGCCACACUCACAGUGAAGCCCACAUCUGCCCAGUUCGUAGGAAGACUGAGAAACAAGGAGGCCACAGAAGGGACCAUGGCCACACUACGGUGUGAGCUGACCAAAGAGGCCCCCGUGGAAUGGAGGAAGGGGACAGAGACCCUGAGGAACGGGGACAAAUACAGCCUGAAACAGGACGGAGCUGUGUGUGAACUGCAGAUUUGUAACCUGGUUGUGGCAGAUGCAGGGGAAUACAUAUGUGUGUGCGGACAGGAGAGGACCUCAGCCACACUGGCUGUCAAGGCUCUGCCUGCCCACUUCAUCGGAAGACUCAGAAACAAGGAGGCCACAGAAGGGGGCACGACCACACUGCAGUGUGAGCUGAGCAAGGCUGCCCCUGUGGAGUGGAGGAAAGGGUCUAAGAGCCUGAAAGAUGGGGACAAAUGCAGCCUGAAGCAGGAUGGGGCUGUGUGCGAGCUGCAGAUCCGCAGCCUGGCUGUGGAAGAUGCUGGGGAGUACUCGUGCGUGUGUGGGCAGGAGAAGACCUCAGCCACACUGACCAUCAGGGCCCUUCCAGCUAAGUUCACAGACGGUCUGAAGAGCGAAGAAGCCACAGAAGGAACCACGGCUACCCUGAGGUGUGAACUGAGCAAGGCAGCUCCUGUGGUAUGGAAGAAAGGAACGAAGACCUUGCAGGAUGGAGACAGAUAUGGUCUGAGUCAGGAUGGAGCUGUGUGCAGGCUGCAGAUCCGGGGCCUGACCGUAGCCGAUGCCGGGGAGUACUCAUGUGUGUGUGCACAGGAGAAGACCUCAGCCACGCUGACUGUCAAGGGCCUGCCUGCCAAGUUUAUAGAAGACUUGAAAAGCCAAAAAGCCACAGAAGGGGAAACAGCAAUCUUAAGAUGUGAGCUGAGCAAGGCUGCCCCUGUGCAGUGGAGGAAGGGGUCCGAGACCCUGAGAGAUGGAGACAGAUACAGCCUGAGACAGGAUGGAGCUGUGUGUGAGCUGCAGAUCCGUGGCCUGGCCCUGGUGGACACUGGGGAGUACUCAUCCAUGCCCGCCAAAUUCACAGAGUGUCUGAGGAAUGAAGAGGCCACAGAAGGGACCAUGGCCAUACUGAGGUGCCAGAUGAGCAAGGCUACCCCAGUGGAGUGGAGGAAGGGAGAAAAGACCCUCAAAGAUGGAGACAGAUUUAUCCUGAGGCAGGAAGGGGUCACGUGUGAGCUGCAGAUAUAUGAUGUGGCUGUGGAAGAUGCUGGGGAGUACUCAUGCGUGUGUGGGCAGGAGAAGACCUCAGCCACACUGAGUGUCAAGGCCCUGCCCACCAGAUUCAUAGAAGACCUGAGAAGUCAAGAGGCCAUGGAAGGCACCACACUGAUGCUGAGGUGCCAGAUGAGCAAGGCUGCCUCUGUGGAGUGGAGGAAGGGGUCUGAGAGCCUGAGAGAUGGGGACAGAUACAACCUGAGGCAGGAAGGGGCCACGUGUGAGCUGCAGAUCUGUGGCCUGGCUGUGGAAGAUGCUGGGGAGUACUCAUGCGUGUGUGGGCAGGAGAGGACCUCAGCCACACUGAGUGUCAAGGCCCUGCCCACCAGAUUCAUAGAAGACCUGAGAAGCCAAGAGGCCAUGGAAGGCACCACGGUGAUGCUGAGGUGCCGGAUGAGCAAGGCUGCCUCUGUGGAGUGGAGGAAGGGGUCUGAGAGCCUGAGAGAUGGGGACAAAUACAGCCUGAGGCAGGAAGGGGCCACGUGUGAGCUGCAGAUCCGUGGCCUAACUGUGGAAGAUGCUGGGGAGUACUCAUGCGUGUGUGGGCAAGAGAGGACCUCAGCCAUGCUGACUGUAGAUGCACUACCCACCACAUUCACAGAGGGCCUGAAGAAUGAAGAAGCCACAGAAGGAACCGUGGUGACUUUGAGGUGCCAGCUGAGCAGAGGAGCCCCAGUGGAGUGGAAGAAGGGAACAAAGACCCUCCGAGAUGGAGGCAGAUGUAGUCUGAGGCAGAACCAGGCUGUAUGUGAGCUGCAGAUUCGUGGUGUGGCUAUGGAAGACGCUGGGGAAUAUUUGUGCCUCUGUGGGCUAGAAAGGACCUCAGCCACACUGAGUGUCAAGGCUCUGCCUGCCAGAUUCAUAGAAGACCUGAGAAGCCAAGAGGCCACGGAAGGCACCACAGUGACACUGAGGUGCCAGAUGAGCAAGGCUGCCUCUGUGGAGUGGAGGAAGGGGUCUGAGAGCCUGAGAGAUGGGGACAGAUACAGCCUGAGGCAGGAAGGGGCCACGUGUGAGCUGCAGAUCUGUGGCCUGGCUGUGGAAGAUGCUGGGGAGUACUCAUGCGUGUGUGGGCAGGAGAAAACCUCAGCCACACUGAGUGUCAAGGCCCCACAGGUGGCGUUCCAGAAACCGCUGCAGAACCUGAAAGUAGAGGAAGGUUCCACGGCCAGCCUGCAGUGUGAGCUGUCUAUCUCCAACGCUGCUGUGGUCUGGAGCAAGGGUGGCCUGGAGCUGCAGGCCGAUGAGCGCCGAGAGUCACGGCAGCGGGGGUGUGUGGCGGAGCUGCUGCUUAGGGAUGUGCGCCGCGAGGAUGCGGGCGAGUACAGCUGUACCUGUGGCUCUCAGAGCACAGGUGCCACGCUCAUGGUUACAGCUGCUCCUGUGCGGUUCCUCAGGGAGCUGCAGGCCCAGGAGGUGGAUGAGGGGACCAGUGCACACCUGCACUGUGAGCUGAGCCAGGAGGCCGUGAGUGUGGAGUGGCGCAAGGGCUCCCUGCAGCUUUUCCCUUGUGCCAAGUAUCAGAUGGUGCAGGAGGGCACCACUGCCACACUGCUGGUUCGUGAGGUGGAGCAGGAGGAUGCCGGCGAAUACAUCUGCGAUGCAGGCCACGCCCAGAGCAUCGCCAGGCUCUCAGUCCGAGCCCCCAAGCCCAAGUUCAAGGCUGGCCUUCAGAGCACACAGCAGGAAGCAGGGGGCGUGGCCCGGCUGUGUUGUCAGCUGAGCGAGACUGAGCAGGGGGCUCCAGUGCAGUGGCUCAAGGAGGGUGUGGAGCUGCAUGCUAGCCCCAAGUAUGAGAUGCGGUGCCAGGGGUCUGUGUGCGAGCUACUGAUCCAUGAGCUGGAGACUAAGGACACAGGAGAGUAUGCCUGUGUGGUGGGUGGCCAGAAAACCCUGGCCUCUCUCAGAGUCAAAGAGCCUGAGGUGACCAUUGUGCGGGGCCUGGUUAACAUGGAGGUACAGGCUGAUGAGGAUGUGGAGUUUACUUGUGAGGUGUCGCAGGCAAGAGCUGCAGAUGUGCGGUGGAAUCUCCAAGGUCUGCCACUGCAGAGCAAUGAAGUAACAGAGGUGGCGGUUCUUGGAGAUGGCCGUACCCACGUACUCCGACUGAAGGCUGUGACACCGGAGGAUGCUGGCACCGUCUCCUUCCACGUGGGCAGCCAUUCAUCUUCUGCUCAGCUCACAGUCCGAGUCCCCGAGGUGACCGUUCUGGAGCCCCUGAAAGAUGUGCAGCUCAGCGAGGGCCAGGAUGCCCACUUCCAGUGCCGGCUGUCAAGGGCCUCGGGCCAGGAGGCCCGCUGGGCUUUGGGAGGGGUUCCCUUGCAGUCCAACGAGAUGAAUGACAUCACUGUGGAGCAGGGCACGCUCCACCUACUCACUCUGCAUAAGGUGACCCUGGAGGAUACUGGAACCAUCACUCUCCAAGUGGGCUCAUGCUCCUCAGAAGCCCAGCUGAAGGUCGCAGCCAAGAACACGGUGGUGCGUGGCCUGGAGAACGUGGAUGCGCUGGAGGGCGGCGAAGCCCUGUUUGAGUGCCAGCUGUCCCAGCCCGAGGUGGCCGCCCACACCUGGCUGUUAGAUGAUGAGCCGGUGCGCACCUCGGAAAACACGGAGGUCGUCUACUUUGAGAACGGCCUGCGGCACUUGCUGUUGCUCAAAAACCUGAAGCCACAGGACAGCUGCCGAGUGACUUUCCUGGCAGGGGACGUGGUCACAUCUGCAUUCCUCACCGUGAGAGGCUGGCGCUUGGAGGUCCUAGAGCCCCCACAAGAUGCAUCUGUGAGAGCUGGCAUGCAGGCCUCCUUCACAUGCACGCUCAGUGAGGCGGUGCCUGUGGGCGAGGCCACUUGGUACAUCAACGGGGCUGCUGUCCAACCCGACGACACCGACUGGACGGUCACCGCAGAUGGCAGCCACCAUGCCCUGAUGCUGAGCAACGCCCAACCCCAACACGCAGGAGAGGUCACGUUUGCAGCACGUGAUGCCGUGGCCUCUGCACGCCUCUCUGUGUUGGCUCUCCCUGACCCCCCUGAAGACGCUGAGGUGGUGGGCCGUAGUGGCCACUCUGUGACCCUGUCCUGGGUGGCUCCCAUGAGUGAUGGUGGCGGUGGUCUGUGUGGUUAUCGUGUGGAGAUGAAGGAGGCGUCCACAGGCCAGUGGAAGCUGUGCCAUGAGCUGGUGCCUGGGCCAGAGUGUGUGGUGGAUGGCCUGGUCCCCGGGGAGACCUACCGCUUCCGAGUGGCAGCUGUAGGUCCUGCAGGUGCUGGGGAACCUGUACAUUUGCCCCAGAUGGUCAAGCUAGCAGAGCCAACGGAACCAGUCCCAGCCCCAACCUCAGCCCCAGUCCCAGCCCCAACCCCAACCCCAUCCCCAGAGACACGUCAGGCAGUGGUUGGUGAGGAUGUGUGUCUGGAGUUGGAAGUUGCAGCUGAUGCUGGUGAGGUCGUCUGGCACAAGGGAACAGAGCGCAUCCAGCCCAGCGGACACUUUGAGAUCCUCUCUCAGGGACAGCGGCAGAUGCUAGUGAUCAAGGGUUUUAAGACAGAAGACGAAGGGGAGUACCGCUGUUGUCCCACCCGGGGCCCGCCCUCCUCAGGGACAGCCACUUUUAAUGUGGUCACGACCUCUGGGGAUGAGGUCCCCACACGGCCCAGCCUGCCCCCCGAGGCAGCCCAGGAAGGUGACCUGCAUUUGCUUUGGGAGGCCCUUGCCCGGAAGCGCCGCAUGAGUCGGGAGCCCACACUGGACUCCAUCAGCGAACUGCCCGAGGAGGAUGGCCGCAUGCAGCAUCCGCGUCAGGAGGCGGAAGAGACAGCCCCUGAUCUCUCUGAGGGCUACUCCACAGCUGACGAGCUGGCGCGCACAGGAGAGGCUGAUCUCUCACACACCAGCUCUGACGAUGAGUCCCGGGCUGGCACCCCUUCCCUAGUUACCUACCUCAAGAAGGCUGGGGGUCCUGGGAUCUCACCCCUGGCCAGCAAGCACGGAGCCCAGGUCGCCACCUCUGUGAAGCCACAAAAGCAGCAGGAGCAAGGAGUGCCCGUGGGCACACUUCCAGGAGACUUGAGUGCAGCCGACUUGAAGGAUCCAUCCCUGGACAAGGCAGCUGUGAAGAUCCAGGCUGCCUUUAAGGGCUACAAAGUACGGAAGGAGAUAAAGCAGCAGGAAGGGCCUGUGUUCUCUCGGACAUUUGGGGACACAGAGGCACAGACUGGGGAUGUGCUGCGCCUGGAGUGUGUGGUGGCCAGCAAGGCUGAUAUGCGGGCCUGCUGGCUGAAGGACGGCGUAGAGUUGAUGGACGGGCGGCACUACCACAUAGACCAGCUCAAGGAUGGCACCUGCUCUCUGCUGGUCACUGGUCUGGGCCCCACCGACACUGGCCGGUACACCUGUCAGGUGAGCACCAAGUUCGGCCGUGUGAGUCAUAGUGCCUGCGUGGUGGUCAGUGGGACCGAGAGUGAGGCCGAGAGCUCCUCAGGAGGCGAGCUGGACGACGCCUUCCGGCGGGCAGCGCGGCGCCUGCACCGGCUCUUCCGUACCAAGAGCCCGGCUGAGCUUUCAGAGGAGGAACUCUUCGUCAGCGCUGAUGAAGGCCCCGCUGAGUCAGAGGAGCCCGCAGACUGGCAGACAUACCGAGAGGACGAAAACUUUGUGUGCAUUCGUUUUGAGGCACUUGAAGAGGCCCGCCGGGCAGUCACCUGCUUCCAAGACAUGUUUGCCACCAUGGGCAUCGGGGUGGAGAUCAGCCUGGGAGAGCAGGGACCCCGGGGAGUGGAGAUGCGCAUUGGCAAGGUGGCUCCCACUGUCACUCCUGCGGUGCCGCUAGCAAAGACACCUGGCCUGCAGACUUCAGAUGCUGCCCCAGUGUUCCUGACCGAGCUGCAGAACCAAGAAGUGCAGGAUGGAUACCCCGUAAGCUUUGACUGCGUGGUAACAGGCCAGCCUGUGCCCAGUGUGCGCUGGUUCAAGGACGGGAAGAUGCUGGAGGAGGAUGACCAUUACAUGAUCAACGAGGACCAACAGGGUGGUCACCAGCUCAUCAUCAUGGCUGUGGUGCCAGCAGACAUGGGUGUCUACCGCUGCCUGGCAGAGAACAGCGUGGGAGUCUCCUCCACCAAGGCUGAGCUUCGUGUAGAGCUGACCAGCACAGACUAUGACACCGCAGCAGACGCUACUGAGACCUCAUCGUACUUCAGUGCCCAGGGAUACCUGUCCAGCCGGGAGCAAGAGGGGACCGAGUCAGAUGAGGGGCAGCUUCCCCAGGUGUUGGAGGAGCUGAAAGACCUCCAGGUGGCCCCUGGCACACGCUUGGCCAAAUUCCAACUCAAGGUGAAAGGCUAUCCAGCCCCCAAACUGUACUGGUUCAAAGAUGGCCAGCCGCUGACCACAUCUGCCCACAUCCGCAUGACUGACAAAAAGACCCUGCAUACCUUGGAGAUUGUCUCAGUCACCCUGGAGGACAGUGGCCAGUAUGCAGCCUAUAUCAGCAAUGCCAUAGGCGCUGCCUAUUCAUCAGCCCGGCUGCUAGUCCGAGGUCCCAGUGAACCAGAGGAGAAGCCAGCAUCAGAUGUGCAUGAGCGGCUGGUGCCACCCCGGAUCCUGGAGAAGUUCACCCCCAAGAAAGUGAAGAGGGGCUCCAGCAUAACCUUUUCAGUGAAGGUGGAAGGACACCCAGCUCCCACUGUGCAUUGGCUCAAGGAGGAGGCAGAGAAGGGAGUGCUGUGGAUUGGCCCCAAUACCCCUGGCUACACCAUGGCCAGCUCUGCCAAGCAGCAUAGCCUGGUCUUGCUGGACGUGGGCCGACAGCACCAGGGCACCUACACGUGCAUUGCCACCAACACUGCUGGCCAGGCGCUCUGCUCUGCCAGCCUGCACGUCUCUGGCUUAGCCAAGGAGGAAGAGCAGGAGAGAGUAAAAGAAGCCCUCAUUUCUUCCUUCUUGCAAGGGACAAGCCAAGCUGUCUCAGCCCAGAUGGUGGAAUCUGCAGGUUUUGCUGAUCUUGCCGGGCAAAGGAAAGGGGAGUCCCUAGCGGCUGACGAGGCCCAUGGUCACCUGUCCCUCGCUGAGGUGGGCACAGAAGAGUUCCUGCAGAAGCUCACCUCACAGAUCACCGAGAUGGUGUCGGCUAAGAUCUCACAGGCCAAGCUUCAGGUGCCUGGAGGCGACAGCGACGAGGAGUCCAAGACGCCAUCUGCCUCUCCUCGGCACGGCCGAUCUCGUCCUUCCUCCAGUGUUCAGGAGUCAUCCUCAGAGUCAGAAGAUGGAGACUCCCGUGGUGAGAUCUUUGACAUCUACGUGGUCACAGCUGACUACCUCCCCCUGGGGGCGGAGCAGGAUGCCAUCAUUCUGAGAGAAGGCCAGUAUGUGGAGGUCCUUGAUUCGGCCCAUCCUCUGCGCUGGCUUGUACGCACCAAGCCCACCAAAUCCAGCCCUUCUAGGCAGGGCUGGGUGUCGCCUGCCUACCUGGACAAGAGGCUCAAGCUGUCUCCUGAGUGGGGGCCCACUGAGGCCCCCGAGUUUCCCGGGGAGGCCGUGUCUGAGGAUGAGUACAGAAUGAGGCUGAGCUCUGUCAUCCAGGAGUUGCUGAGCUCAGAGCAGGCUUUUGUGGGCGAGCUGCAGUUCCUGGAGAGCCACCACAUGAAACACUUGGACCUAUCUCCCCAUGUGCCUGCAGCGGUGGCCAGCCAGAAGACAGUCAUCUUUCGUAAUGUGCAGGACAUCAGCCGUUUCCACAGCAGCUUCUUGAAGGAGCUGCAGUCCUGUGACACUGACGAUGACGUGGCCAUGUGCUUCAUCAAGAACCAGGAGGCCUUUGAGAAGUACCUUGAGUUCCUGGUGGGCCGCGUGCAAGCUGAGUCCGUGGUUGUCAGCACCCCGGUCCAGGAGUUCUACAAGAAAUAUGCAGAAGAGACACUGUCAGCCAAGGACCCCACGCAGCCACCCCCACCUCCACUUCAGCACUACCUGGAGCAGCCAGUGGAGCGGGUGCAGAAGUACCAAGCCUUGCUGAAGGAACUAAUCCGCAACAAGGCCCGCAACCGGCAGAACUGCGCGCUGCUGGAGCAGGCCUAUGCCGUGGUGUCUGCCCUGCCGCAGCGUGCCGAGAACAAGCUGCACGUGUCACUCAUGGAGAACUAUCCCGGAACUCUGGAGGCCCUGGGAGAACCCAUCCGCCAGGGCCACUUCAUAGUAUGGGAGGGGGCACCGGGGGCCCGGAUGCCCUGGAAGGGCCACAACCGGCAUGUCUUCCUCUUCCGAAACCACCUGGUGAUCUGCAAGCCCCGGAGAGACUCUCGAACCGACACCUUCAGCUACGUGUUCCGGAACAUGAUGAAGCUGAGUAGCAUCGACCUGAAUGACCAGGUAGAGGGGGAUGACCGUGCCUUUGAGGUGUGGCACGAGCGGGAGGACUCUGUGCGCAAGUACCUGCUCCAGGCACGGACCGUCAUCAUCAAGAACUCAUGGGUGAAAGAGAUCUGUGGCAUCCAGCAACGCCUGGCCCAGCCUGUAUGGCGUCCCCCUGAUUUUGAAGAGGAAUUGGCUGAUUGCACCGCUGAGCUGGGCGAAACAGUCAAGCUGGCAUGCCGAGUGACUGGCACCCCUAAGCCUGUUGUCAGCUGGUACAAAGAUGGGAAACCGGUGGAGGUAGACCCACACCACAUCCUCAUUGAAGACCCUGAUGGCUCCUGUACCCUCAUCUUGGACAACCUGACUGGUGUAGACUCUGGCCAGUACAUGUGUUUUGCAGCCAGUGCGGCUGGCAAUGCCAGCACCUUGGGGAAGAUUCUAGUACAAGUGCCCCCACGAUUUGUGAACAAGGUGCGGGCCACGCCCUUUGUGGAGGGGGAGGAUGCACAGAUCACCUGCACUGUGGAAGGUGCCCCAUAUCCUCAGAUCAGGUGGUACAAGGAUGGUGCCCUGCUAACCCUGGGCAACAAGUACCGGAUGCUGAAUGAGCCUCGCAGUGGAGUGCUGGUGCUGGUGAUCCGGGCAGCCAACAAGGAGGACUUGGGACACUAUGAGUGUGAGCUGGUGAACCGGUUGGGCUCAUCACGUGGUGGGGGAGAACUGUACAUGCAGAGCCCUGCGCUGCGUGCCCGGGACCAGCACCAUCGGGAACAGCUUGUGGCUGCUGUGGAAGGGGCCCCAUCCAUGCAGGUCACUAUUGAGGAUGUACAGGUAGAAGCUGGUGACGUGGCACAGUUUGAUGCUGUCAUUGAAGGCAACCCACCUCCCACAGUGACCUGGUACAAGGACAGCAACCAGCUGAUGAACAGUGACAGGCUGAGCCAGCGGCAGGAUGGAACUAAGUAUUCCUUGGUGUUGACUGACGUGGCUCCAAACGACGCUGGCGUCUACACGUGCCUUGCCCGCAAUGCAGGGGGACAGGUGCUCUGCAAGGCGGAGCUGCUAGUCCAUGGUGGGGACAAGCUAGACUCAGAAAAGCAAGUAUAUAGGAGAAAACUGCAUUCCUUCUAUGAAGUCCAAGAAGAGAUUGGAAGAGGUGUGUUUGGUUUCGUGAAAAGGGUUCAGCAUAAAGGGAACAAAAUGUUCUGUGCUGCUAAGUUCAUUCCCCUGCGGAGCAAAACUCGGGCCCAGGCGUACCAGGAACGAGAUAUCUUGGCUACGCUCAACCACCCGCUGGUCACUGGGCUCCUGGACCAGUUUGAGACCCGGAAGACUCUCAUCCUUAUCUUGGAGCUGUGCUCAUCCGAGGAGCUGCUAGAUCGCCUCUUCAAGAAGGGUGUAGUGACUGAGGCCGAGGUUAAGGUCUAUAUCCAGCAGCUGGUGGAAGGCCUGCACUAUUUGCACAGCCAUGGUAUCCUCCACCUGGAUAUAAAGCCCCCCAACAUCUUGAUGGUGCACCCAGCCCGGGAAGACAUUAAGAUCUGUGACUUUGGCUUUGCCCAAAGAAUCACCCCUUCAGAGCCACAGUACAGCAAAUAUGGCUCACCUGAGUUCGUGUCCCCAGAGAUCAUUGAGCAGAGUCCUGUGAGCGAGGGCUCAGACAUCUGGGCCAUGGGCGUCAUCUCCUACCUCAGCCUGACCUGCUCAUCCCCUUUUGCUGGAGAGAGUGACCGUGCCACCCUGCUGAACGUUUUGGAGGGGCGGGUAUCAUGGAGCAGUCCCAUGGCUGCCCAUCUGACUGAGGAUGCCAAGGACUUUAUCAAGGCCACACUGCAGAAGACCCCCAGGGCCCGGCCUAACACUUCCCAGUGCCUUGCCCACCCCUGGUUCCUGAAAUCCAUGCCUGCUGAGGAGGCCCACUUCAUCAACACCAAGCAGCUCAAGUUCCUUCUCGCUCGAAGUCGCUGGCAGCGCUCCUUGAUGAGCUACAAGUCUAUCCUGGUGAUGCGCUCCAUCCCUGAGCUGCUCCAGGGUCCUCCAGACAGUCCGUCCCUAGGAGUGGCCCGGCACCUACGAGGGGAAGCCAGUGGCUCCUCUAGUUCAUCGUCUUCCUCGGACAACGAGCUGGCCCCAUUUGCCAGGGCGAAGUCACUGCCGCCUUCCCCUGUGACUCACUCCCCGCUACUGCAUCCUCGGGGCUUUCUGCGGCCUUCAGCCAGCCUCCCAGAGGAGACAGAAGCCAGCAUGCCCCCUGCUGAUGCAGCACUGUCAGCAUCCCCCCAGGGUGCUGGACCUCCAGCAAGCCCAGGUUGCGUGCCCCGACACACUGUCAUCAGCAGCUUGUUCUACCAGCAAGGUGGUGAGAGUUCAGAGCGUGGGAGCAAAACCUUGGGUGCCAAGAGGCACCCGGCUCGGAGGCGGCACCUGCUGAAGGGCGGGUACAUCGCAAGGGCCCUACCUGGUCUUCGGGAACCACUGAUGGAGCACAGUGUGUUGGAGGAAGAGGCUGCUAGGGAGGAGCAGGCCGCUCUGAUGACCAAGACGCCCUCCUUUGAGACUGCCCUGAGACUACCUAACUCCAGUACCCGAGAGGUCCCAGGCAGAAGCCGCUCCCUGGACCACAACCCACCAGACACCACUGGCCCCUCUCCUGAGGAAUGUGGAGGGCAAUACUUCUUCCCACCCUCCUCAGGGGUAACUCAUGAAGCCACUGCCAAAGACAUGGGGCACUCAAAGGGGUUCUUGCAGGAGUCUGCCCCCCGUUCACCUGCUACUGGUGACUUGAGGCCUGCUAAGCCAGAAGGCCCUUCCCAGGACAGCUGUAGAGGGAAACCACCCUCUUCCUGUCACUCUGACCUGGGCUCUGGCUCCCAGGAGGGGUGCGGCUCUUCAUCAUCACAAUCACUUGGCUCCUUACCUCCACAGUCAUUGAAGAAGGACCUCUUGACACCCUCCCUCUCAGGACAGCCUCAGGCAGCCCCAUUCCCAACCCAAGCAAGCCCCGUUCCUGAUUCUAAGAAGGAGCCUCUGGAUAGCUCUCUGCAGGGAAGGCCCUGUCCGGGUCCCUCCAGUUUUCCAGGGUCAGCCUCCCAAGUGGGUGCCUCCCUGGAUACUGAAGGCUUGUCUGAAGCUGAAGACACAUUUGACCUCACACCUCCCCUGCAGCGGCCUCAGGAGCAGGCCACCACCCGGAAGUUCUCCCUGGAAUCCCGUGGGGGCUAUGCAGGGGUGGCAGGCUAUGGCACCUUCGCCUUUGGCGGGGAUGCAGGGGGCAUGCUAGGGCAGGGUCCUCUUUGGGCUAGGAUGGCCUGGGCUGUGUCCCAGUCCUCAGAAGAGCAGGAUGAAGCUGGGACUGAGAGUUCUAAACCUCUAGACAGCUCAGGGCCCAUUGCUGAGACCAGUGGGGUUCCCCUAAGGACUUCUCCCAGCUUCCCUCCAUGGCAGGAAGUUGAGCAGGUUUCCCUGGUACAGAUCCGGGAUCUGUCUGGUGAUGCGGAAGCAGCUGACACCAUCUCCUUGGACAUUUCUGAGGUAGAUCCUGCCUACCUCAACCUUUCUGAUCUAUACGACAUCAAAUAUCUCCCCUUUGAGUUCAUGAUCUUCAGGAGGGUCCCCAAACCUGUAGAGCAGCCAGAGUCACCUGACUCUGAAACUGAGGCUGGCCAAGGGCUGGCAGACUUCCUAGAGGAGGCGGCGUGGCCCUGGCCAGGAGAGCUGGGCUCGCAUACUGGCUUGGAAAUCACAGAGGAGUCAGAGGAGCCAGAGGACCUGGAAGCACUGCUGGGAGAGGCUGCUCUGGGCAGGAAACGCAAGUGGUCCCCUUCCCGCGGCCUCUUCCAGUUCUCUGGGAGGUGCCUGUCAGGGGAGGAGCCUGUGGAGCUCGGGCUGCGCCAGAGGGUGAAGGCUUCCAUGGCUCACAUCUCCAGGAUCCUGAAGGGCAAGCCGGAAGGUCCUGAGAAGGAGGAGCCCCCCAGGAAGAAGGCGGGCCUAGCUUCUUUCCGGCUGUCAGGCCUGAAGGGCAGGGACCAAGCGCCGUCCUUCCUAAGAGAGCUUUCAGAUGAGACUGUGGUCCUGGGCCAGUCAGUGACACUGGCCUGCCAGGUGUUGGCCCAGCCAACUGCCCAGGCUACCUGGAGCAAAGAUGGGGCCCUCCUGGAGAGCAGCGGCCACCUCCUCAUCUCUUCCACCCUGAAGAACUUCCAGCUGUUGACCAUCCUGGUGGUGAAGGAGGAGGAUCUGGGUACAUACACCUGCUGUGUGAGCAAUCCGCUGGGGACAGCCGUCACUACAGGUGUCCUCCGGAAAGCAGAGCGCCCCUCGUCCUCUCCACGCCCAGAGGUGGGGGAAGUGUACUCGGAUGCAGUGCUGCUUGUCUGGAAGCCUGUGGAAUCCUGCGGCCCAGUGACCUACAUAGUGCAGUGCUGUAUAGAAGGAGGCAGCUGGACCACCCUGGCCUCUGACAUCUCCGAUUGCUGCUACAUCACCAGCAAGCUGUCUCGGGGUGGCAUGUAUACCUUCCGAACAGCGUGUGUCAGCAAAGCAGGAAUGGGCCCCUACAGCAGCCCUUCAGACCAAGUCCUCCUGGGAGGGCUCAACCAUCUGGCCUCCGAGGAGGAGAGUGGCCGGGGGAGGCCAGCCCAGCUUCUCCCCAGCACAAAGACCUUCGCCUUCCAGAUGCAGAUCCGGAGGGGCCGCUUCAGUGUGGUACGGCAGUGUAGGGAGAAGGCCAGUGGGCGGGCGCUGGCUGCUAAGAUUGUCCCCUACCGGCCUGAGGACAAGACAGCUGUGCUAAGAGAAUAUGAAGCACUCAAGAGACUGCAUCACCCACAUCUGGCCCAACUCCAUGCUGCCUACCUCAGUCCCCGGCACCUGGUGCUCAUCCUGGAGCUGUGCUCUGGCCCUGAGCUGCUACCCUGCCUGGCAGAGAGGGACUCCUACUCAGAGUCUGACGUGAAGGACUACCUGUGGCAGAUGCUAAGCGCCACCCAGUACCUGCAUGCCCAACGCAUCCUGCACCUGGACCUGAGGUCCGAGAACAUGAUGGUCACUGAGUACAACCUGCUUAAGGUGGUGGACCUGGGCAACGCUCAGAGCCUCGGCCAAGAGAAGGUCCCACCCCCUGAGAACUUCAAAGACUACCUAGAGACCAUGGCUCCGGAACUCCUGGAAGGCCAAGGGGCUGUCCCACAGACAGAUAUCUGGGCUAUUGGUGUAACAGCCUUCAUUAUGCUGAGUGGCGAGUACCCCGUCAGCAGUGAGGGGACUCGCGACCUGCAGAAAGGCUUGCGCAAGGGACUCAUCCGGUUGAGUCGCUGCUAUGCAGGGCUGUCUGGAGGUGCCGUGGCCUUCCUGCAGAGCUCACUGUGCGCUCGACCCUGGGGCCGCCCAUGCGCCACCACCUGCUUGCAGUGUGGGUGGCUGACAGAGGAGGGUCCCGCCGGUUCCAGACCCACGCCUGUGACAUUCCCCACCGCGCGAUUGCGCGCCUUCGUGCGCGAGCGCGAGAAGCGACGGGCGCUACUCUACAAGAAGCAUAACCUGGCCCAGGUACGCUGAGGUCCUGCUCUGCAGGGCAAGAUGUGCCUUGCCACACGAGGACACCUGCGCCAAUAAAA